AUGGGGACAUUUGUAAAAGGUUACUGGGUCGUCGUCCUUUUCGUGGCAGUGGCGGUUGUUAGGCUGAGAGGCGAUGACUUGGUAAAUGGUACUGCUGCUCAAGCUCAAGGCAAUACCAACUCUUCCUCACCCUCAGUUCUUCUCAAGCAUCUCCCAGGUAAAGACAAUGUUGAAGCAGGCAAUAGAAGUUCCACUGAAGUUGUGCUCAACAACAACAAAAAUAGAGGACCUUACAAUAGAGGUGUUGGUCGUGGGGGAGGUGGAGGUGGUGGCGGCGGGGGUGGAGGAGGAGGAGGAGGUGGCGGUGGCGGGUAUGGAUGGGGAUGGGGUGGAGGAGGUGGGGGGGGAGGAGGAGGGGGAGGGGGAGGGGGAGGAGGUGGGGGAUGGGGAUGGGGAGGAGGAGGUGGUGGUUGGUAUAAAUGGGGAUGUGGAGGAAGAAAAGCAGGCAAAGGCAAUGGAAGAGGAAGAGAUAAAGGCAGCAUUGGCAGAAAUCAAGCGCAUAGGAAGAGAGUUUUCAAUAAGGAGGAUUAUAAGAUGGGAGAGUUUGCUCAAUGCACGGUUAGAGGCAGGUGCAGAGGCAUGAGGUUGGAUUGCCCCCUUCAUUGUGGUGGACCUUGCGUCUAUGACUGCCAAAAUAUGUGCAAAGCUCACUGCAGACGCCCAUGAUCUCAUCAAAUUCAAAUUCUUCAAUAACCUUUCUCAUUUAUAUAUACGUUUGUUUCUAAUCAGCAUGGAGAAAAGAAGAUUUUUUAACUAAUUAAUGUUUGUUUGAUUCCAUCUUGGAUUAAUCUUUGAGUUGCUUGCAAUUUGACGGAACUGAGAUUUUCUGUGUGCUUCUUUUCUUGUAA